GGGACGUGACGUCACGGCCGGCGCGUUAUUUAAUUAGAGCGUCGGCGCGCGACUCGGCUAAUUAGCGCGCGCGCGGGUCAGAGGUGCCGCACGACAUGCCUCCGUUAGAGAAAGCGCCGUAUCCCAAACCCUUCAAACAGAGGAAGAGUUUAGCGACGAGGAAACAGGAGGUGGCGGGAAUCCGGACCAAGUUUCCGACCAAAAUCCCGGUGAUCAUCGAGAGAUAUCAGAGAGAGAAGUACUUGCCGCCGCUGGAUAAGACCAAGUUCCUCGUCCCUCAGGAGCUCACUAUGACUCAGUUCGUGACCAUCAUCAGGAAUCGGAUGACCCUGAUGCCCAAUCAGGCGUUCUACCUGCUGAUCAAUAACUCGGGCAUCGCCAGCAUGUCCCUGACCAUGGCUCAGCUCUACAAGGACCACAAAGACGAGGACGGCUUCCUGUACAUGACGUACGCUUCACAGGAGAUGUUUGGACGCCGGUGACGCCGCCGCUCUCGCUCGCUUCACCGGACUGUGACGAAAUAUUUAAAGUCUUUGUAUAUAACGUUAGCCUUUUAGAUAUACUAUUCGUUUUCUAAUGUAUGUUUUAACGGAGUAAUAAAAGUGUUUAAUUUGUGCAUCGGUCACUAGAGGGAGACGUCUGUCCGUGUGCUGCAGGAGCCUCCUCAGAAAACUGAAUGUUAAUCAUGUGAUAGAAAAUAAAGGAUAUUGUUUGUUUGAUGCUGCA